AUGGGGGGAGACAUAAAUGCCUUGAAAGCAGCUAUUGUAGCUCUACAAAAUGAGGUAAAAGCGUUGUCAACAAAAAAUAACGAUACAAAGAUGUCUGAUAGCCAGUUUGAAGAUAUUGUACAAGAAGUGUCAGAAAGACAAAAUAGAAGAUGCAAUGUAAUCAUUUUUGGGCUGAAGGAGCAGAAUGGAGCGACAAAAGACGAUAAGGCAGUUUUAGAAAAGUCUGAAGUCGUUAAAGUCUUGACCCACAUCACACCUUCAAUUACGGUUACAAACAUUAGACGACUUGGCAAAUUUGAUGAAAAUAGGACAAUUGGAAGGCCCAUAAAAGUUACGCUUGCUAAUGUCGAACAGGUGAGUGAACUCAUAAAAAAAUGUCCGUCGUUGAGAAACUCUAGGGAAUUCAAACAUAUUUCCAUCUCUACUGACAAAACGCCACGUCAAAUGAAUUUCUAUAAGACUCUCAAAUCUGAACUGGAGGAAAGGAAGAAUAAAGGAGAAACCAAUUUGAAGAUUAAAUAUGUUGGCGGCGUUCCGAAGAUAGUGAAUUUUUAG